AUGUCAGCUCGCCGUGAUCACGGGCAUCCUCAAGAUUGCUCUUUUUUGGGAGGGGAAUCAUUCUUCAGGAACAUAAUGGCAACUAUGGAGACUGUUUACAUGAACAAAAAUCCUACAGCAAAAGCUAUUCUGGAGCUCGUUCGGUCGGGCGAUGACGAUUGCAUAUGUUAUGAUCAUUUUGCUUUUAGGACUUUUGGGGUAAACGGACACGGAAUUGAUUCCAUGGCAAAAGUUUUCUUGGAUUUUGGUUAUGUCAAAAGGGAAGAGUUAAGGUUCCCUGCGAAGAAGUUGAAAGCAUUCUGGUUUUCACCCCCUAAAGUUCCUCUAACUGCUAAUGCUGGCUCAGGAGUUAAUGGACCCUUGCCGAGGAUAUUUAUAUCCGAGCUUCUUGUCGAUCAAAUGUCUCCUGAAGCUCAGAAAAUAAUUAGAAAAUACACUGAACUAUCGGGAAAUGGAAAUAUGCAUGCCGCUGUGGCAAGUGCACUAGGAUGCUUGACAUGGGAGAAGCCCACUUAUUCUGAAUUUCAACAGCUAGCAAAGGAAAGUGAAUAUGCAGCCUGGACUCUUGUUAAUGGGUAUGCAUUAAAUCACGUCACCAUAUCUGUUCACCGGCUCAAAUCACAUCUAGCAAAUAUAAAAAAUCUUAACCAGUUCAUUGAGGAGAAUGGCUUCAAGUUGAACUCUGAAGGAGGAGAUUUAAAAGUGAGCCCAGAUGGCCUCUUGUUACAAAGCUCAACUGUGGCAGAUUUAACUUCCUUCGAAUUUGCUGAUGGAAUUUCAGAAUCUAUCCCAUGCUCGUACAUUGAGUUUGCCGAACGCCUUAUACUUCCUCAGUUCAAGAAUCUACCAGAGGAUAAGGUUGAAGAGUUCCAUAGACGAGAUGGUUUUGAAGUUGGAAACGCGGAUAAGAUAUUCGAGAGCACUUCAAUGGAUCAGCUAACCAGAAAGGCUGCUUGA